CACCUGGGUGUAACGGACACGCCCCCUUUGCCCAACGCUAGCGGCAGCCAGUAAGUGUGUGUGUUUACAUCCGGGUACCCGACGGACACGUGCUAGCAGCCUCAGCUUCUCUAAGCGCCACUUGCUGUUCCAUCUCCGGACACUUGGGGGCGCCUCGAGGUAAAUGUGAUGAGCCUCAUGAAUCUGAUACCCACAGAGGAUUUAGUUUCCUUCCACCGGCGGGACCGAGUACCUCGCUCCGUCACCUCCGUCCCACAACGUUACCGCCUUCCUUGUGUUCCGUAACCCGCUCCUGCCCCCCUCUCCGUCCACUCCAGAUUGGAGCCUGACACUUUGCAAUUUAAACCUCCCCCUCCUGCCCAGGAAGCGCGAGGUGUGUGUGUGCCGCUUGGGCCCCACGUGUUACACUCUGUGAUGGAGUUUGAGGAGCUGGGGAUAAGGGAGGAGUGCGGCGUGUUCGGCUGUAUAGCGGCGGGGAACUGGCCUACCCAACUGGAUGUGCCCCACGUCAUCACCCUGGGACUGGUUGGACUGCAGCACAGGGGACAAGAGAGUGCUGGCAUUGUAACAAGUGAUGGGAGCUCUGUGCCAACGUAUAGAAUGCACAAGGGCAUGGGCUUGGUUAACCAUGUGUUCAGCGAAGAGAGUCUGAAGAAACUGCACGUGAGCAAUCUGGGCAUUGGCCACACCAGAUACUCCACCAGUGGGAAUUCUGCCUUAGAAAACUGCCAGCCCUUUGUGGUUGAGACGUUACAUGGAAAGAUUGCUGUAGCGCAUAAUGGGGAGCUUGUCAAUGCUGCUCAGCUCAAGCGAAAGGUCAUGCGGCACGGUGUGGGCCUCUCCACCAGUUCAGACAGUGAGUUGAUCACCCAAUUGCUGGCCUUCACUCCUCCACUGGAAGAAGAUCACACUGCUGAUUGGAUAGCACGUAUUAGAAACUUAAUGAACGAGACACCAACGUCUUACUCCCUGCUUGUCAUGCAUGAUGAUGUCAUAUACGCUAUACGCGAUCCGUAUGGGAACCGACCUCUCUGCAUUGGGCGCCUCAUCCCCGUCAAUAAUGAAGGAAGAGGAAAGCGCUCGGCAGAGACUGAGGGCUGGGUGGUGUCAUCCGAAUCCUGCAGCUUUUUAUCCAUCGGUGCUGAGUAUUAUCGGGAAGUCCUGCCAGGAGAAAUAGUAAAGAUUUCACGGGAUGGAGUUCAGACCCUGGAUAUUGUGCCAAGAACAAAUGGAGACCCAUCUGCCUUUUGCAUCUUUGAAUAUGUUUAUUUUGCCCGACCUGAUUCAAUAUUUGAAGGGCAAAUGGUUUACUCUGUGAGACGGAGAUGUGGGCAGCAGCUGGCUAUAGAAGCUCCAGUAGAAGCCGAUCUGGUCAGCACUGUGCCAGAAUCUGCAACUCCGGCAGCGUUGGGCUAUGCAGAAAAGUGUGGUCUUCAGUAUGUGGAGGUUCUGUGUAAGAACCGCUACGUAGGGCGAACCUUUAUUCAGCCCAACAUGAGGUUACGGCAGCUUGGAGUGGCUAAGAAAUUUGGAGUCCUUUCCGAUAACUUCGUUGGCAAACGAGUGGUUCUAAUUGAUGAUUCCAUUGUGAGAGGCAAUACUAUCUCGCCUAUCAUUAAACUUCUCAGGGACUCUGGAGCCAAAGAGGUUCAUGUACGAGUAGCAUCACCACCUAUAAAAUACCCUUGUUAUAUGGGAAUAAACAUUCCUACAAAAGAGGAGCUGAUCGCAAACAAACCAGAGUUCAACGACUUAGCUGGUUAUAUUGGUGCAGACAGUGUUGUUUACCUCUCAGUGGAGGGACUUACGUCGGCAGUCCGGGAGGGUAUCAAGGCCUUCAAGGAUGAGCAGAAUGGAAUAAACGGCAAAACAAGAUCAACGUCUCAUGGUCACUGCACAGCCUGUUUGACAGGAGAAUAUCCAGUGGAGCUGGAGUGGUGAGGCCAUUUCUUUGAGCCUCGUCAGGUCACAGAUUCAUUGCAGGACCUCUGAUGGACAGCUGCUACCAAAACUGCCACUUGCAAAUGUCUUCCACGUUUCCCCUGGACUGCAGCCUUUUCUGACUUUCUGGGUUGUUGAGGCCGACUUGUUUACAAAUGAGACAUGUAAAUGACUGUACUCGCUUUUUCUAUCGCUCUUUUAUUUUGUGCUAGAGCAACUGUGUGUAAAUAGUCAAUUUCUUAACCACGUAUGGGCAUUCUUCUUUUUAACGGAUGGUUGCUACAAGAAGGACUAGGAGUGGGCCGACACCACAAAAAAUGAACUUUAUCAAGAUUGACUUGCACUAUAUUAAAGGUAAAGCAAACCCUGUUUCCAAAUCAAGGUUUAGAUUCUCUGUAGCUCAUAUAAGGCAAUACAUUCUGAAACACUGUACAGUAAAUGGGUGUAUACA